UAUCUUUUAGCAGUCCGAUGUUUAAGAGUCAAUACACAUAUUGUUAGGUAAAUUCCCUCAGAAUAUCAUCAUUUUGUUUGGAGGAUUCUGAGUUGUGUCAGCACCAUCAUAAGAUCAAUGGAAAGGCAAAACAUCUCCUCCACAGACUUCACUUUCAUGGGGCUGUUCAACAGGGAAGAAACCUCAAGCCUUCUCUUUGUCAUAAUCUCUGUCAUCUUCUUCACUGCCCUGGUGGCCAAUGGGAUCAUGAUUUUCCUGAUCAACACAGAUCCACGCCUACACACCCCCAUGUACUUCCUCCUCAGCCAUCUGUCCUUUAUCGACAUGAUAUAUAUCUCCACCAUUGUACCAAAGAUGCUGAUCGACUAUCUCCUGGGUCAAAGGACCAUUUCCUUUGUGGGAUGCACAGCCCAACAUUUCCUCUACCUUACCCUGGUAGGAGCUGAAUUCUUCUUGCUGGGUCUCAUGGCCUAUGACCGCUAUGUGGCCAUCUGCAACCCACUGAGAUACCCUGUCCUCAUGAGUCGCAGAAUCUGCUGGAUGAUAAUAGCAGGGUCCUGGUUUGGAGGCUCUUUGGAUGGCUUUCUUCUUACCCCCAUCACUAUGAGCUUUCCUUUCUGUGGUUCUCGAGAGAUUAACCAUUUUUUCUGUGAAGCCCCGGCUGUGCUGAAGUUGGCUUGUGCAGACACAGCCCUUUAUGAGACAGUGAUGUAUGUGUGCUGUGUUCUCAUGCUACUAAUUCCUUUCUCGGUGGUGAUUGCUUCCUAUGCCCGGAUCCUGACCACUGUCUACAACAUGAGCUCUGUAGAGGGGAGGAAGAAAGCAUUUGCCACUUGUUCAUCUCACAUGACUGUGGUGACCUUGUUCUAUGGGGCCGCCAUGUACACCUACAUGGUGCCACACACUUACCACGCACCAACGCAGGAUAAAGUCUUCUCUGUGUUUUACACCAUCCUCACACCCAUGCUGAACCCUCUCAUCUACAGCCUGAGAAACAAGGAUGUGACUGGAGCACUCAGGAGAACACUGGGAAGGUUCAAGAAUUCCCACCGAGUAUCAGAAGGGGCCUUUUAA